AAAAUAAAUAAAUAAAUGAUAUAAUAGAUUUAAUAUUACAACAAAUUAGAAAAAUUUCUAAACUCUACACUAUAAUCUCAUUAGGUUGUCCAUAUUAAGCUGAGUUAUAAUAAAAUUGAUGAAAUUGGCUCAUAAGGCUUAGGUUCUGCUUUAUCAAAUUGCACUAAUCUCUAAAAUUUGAUACUUGAUCUUAAUGAAAAUUAAAUUGGUGACAUAGGUGCAUCAAGCUUAGGUUCUGGUUUAGCAAAUUGCACUAAUCUCUCAAAUUUGGUACUUGCUCUUAAUGGAAAUUAAAUUGGUGAUACUGGCGCAUAAAGCUUAGGUUUUGAUAUAGCAAAUUUCACUAAUCUCAUAAAUUUGACAAUUGAUCUUUGGGGAAAUUAAAUUGGUGCAAUAGGUGCAUAAGGAUUAGGUUCUGGUUUAGCAAAUUGCAUUAAUCUCACAAAUUUGGCACUUUCUCUUAGGGAAAAUUAAAUUGGUGACACUGGCGCAUUAGGCUUAGGUUCUGGCUUAGCAAAUUGCACUAAUCUCUCAAAUUUGAAACUUAAUAUUUGCGAAAAUUAAAUUGGUGAUAAAGGAGCAUCUGAAUUAAGUUCUAGCCUAGCAAAUUGUACUAAUCUCUCAAAUUUGGCACUUUUUCUUUUUGAAAAUUAAAUUGGCGCCACUGGUGCAUAAGGAUUAGGUUCUGGUUUAGGAAAUUGUGCUAAUCUCUCAAAUUUGACACUUAAUCUUUGUGGAAUGUAAAUUGGUGAUGAAGGAGCAUCUAAAUUAGGUUCUGGUUUAGCAAAUUGCACUAAUCUUUCAAAUUUAACACUUUAACUUGAGGUAAAUUAAAUUGGUGCAAUAGGUGUAUCAGGAUUAUUUUGCUGUUUAGCAAAUUGCACUAAUCUCUCAAAUUUGACUCUUAAUCUUUGGGGAAAUUAAAUUGUAGAUGAAAGUGCGUCAGGUUUAGAUUUUUCUUUAGUAAAUUAUGCUAAACUCUUAAGUUUGGACCUUAAUCUUAGGUAAAACCAGUUUAUUUGCUUCGAUUUGCGAUAUUUUUAGUUAUAAAAAUGA